CUGCUCCCCUACCGAGCGAGGCUUCACCAAUCCCGGCUCUGGCUCCGUUCCCGGCUCGGCAGGCCAGCGCUAAUAAGUCUCGUAGCCGUGCGGUAAUGGGGAAGUGUUAGGGGGAGACGCUGCCGCGAGAGGAGCCGCGAGGAAGUUGAGAGGAGCGGAAGGGAAAAGAAGCUCCACGCAGACGAGACACGAGCCCUAAAAAGCGAGGCGCGCAGUGAUGGAGAGAAAGCGUCCUGGCAUGCCAUCUGGAGCGAGGAUGCCCCACCAGGGAGCUCCCAUGGGCCCCCCCGGUCCACCGUACGGAGGGAGCCCGGCGGUGCGGCCCGGUCUGCCUUCCCCAGUGAUGGAGCCCAGCCGUAAGAGGCCUGCCCCGUCCCAGCAGGUCCAGCAGCAGCAGCAGCAGCAGCAGACCGUCCAGAACCGAGCCAGGAAGAAGCCAGUCGGAUUCCCCGGAGCCAAUGAGAUGCCGGCGAGGCAGAUGGACAUGAGAGAGCCCCAAUCAGAUCCCACGCUUGGAUCAAAUGCUAAGAGAAGGAAAAUGGCAGACAAGAUUCUUCCGCAAAGGAUUCGGGAGCUGGUCCCAGAAUCUCAGGCCUACAUGGAUCUGCUGGCUUUUGAGCGCAAACUGGACCAGACCAUCAUGCGCAAACGUGUGGACAUUCAGGAAGCACUGAAGAGGCCAAUGAAGCAGCAAAAGCGUAAAUUGAGGCUCUAUAUUUCAAACACUUUCAACCCGGCUCGACCUGACGCAGAUGACUCAGAUGGCAGCAUUGCAUCAUGGGAGCUAAGAGUAGAGGGGAAGCUGCUGGAUGAUCCCGGGAAGCAGAAAAAGAAGUUUUCUUCAUUUUUUAAGAGCCUGGUGAUCGAGCUGGACAAAGACCUGUACGGUCCUGACAACCAUCUGGUCGAGUGGCACCGCACCUCCACCACCCAGGAGACGGACGGGUUCCAGGUGAAGCGACCAGGAGACGUGAGCGUGCGCUGCACUCUGCUGCUGAUGCUGGACUACCAGCCCCCCCAGUUCAAACUGGACCUCCGUCUGGCUCGCCUGCUUGGCAUUCACACUCAGACUCGCUCCUGCAUCAUCCAGGCGCUCUGGCAGUACGUGAAGACCAACAAGCUGCAGGACUCCCAUGACAAGGAGUACAUCAACUGUGACAAGUACUUCCAACAGAUUUUUGACUGCCCUCGCCUGAAGUUCUCUGAGAUCCCUCAGCGCCUCACUAACCUCCUCCUGCCGCCUGACCCCAUCGUCAUUAACCACGUCAUCAGCGUGGACCCCAACGAUCAGAAGAAGACGGCGUGCUACGACAUCGACGUGGAGGUUGAAGACCCCCUGAAGAGCCAGAUGAGCAGCUUCCUCCUCUCCACCGCCAACCAGCAGGAAAUCGCCUCGCUCGACAACAAGAUCCACGAGACCAUCGAGUCCAUCAACCAGCUGAAGAUCCAGCGGGACUUCAUGCUCAGCUUCUCCAGAGAUCCCAAAGGCUACAUCCAGGACUGGCUCAAAUCCCAGAGCCGAGACCUCAAGCUGAUGACGGAUGUCGUGGGGAACCCAGAGGAGGAGAGGAGGGCAGCGUUUUACCAUGAACCCUGGUCCCAAGAGGCUGUGAGCCGUUAUUUCUACUGCAAGAUCCAGCAAAGGAGGCAGGAGCUGGAACAGGCCUUAGCGGUCCGCAACACUUAAGUUUCAGUUUCUGCGCCUUGUUUUCAGAGCGAUUUGUGUGUGAGGUCAUCGCUGAAACGCUGACUCUGUAAUGAAACUACAAGAAGUCUUGGUUCUGUUUACCACCAGUGUUUUCAAGUGAAAUGAACUGAGAAGGUUGAUCUGAAGGCGCUUCGUCCAUCGUGUGAAGGAGACGUCGUCGUUAACGGCGCUGUCGCCUCUCGGCUGCUCUGCUGUUUGUAAAUAUAAUCCUAAAAGAAAAAGAAGAGAAACCUCCACACCCAGCGUCAUCUCACACACAUCUGAGGUUCUGGACACUCGCACAUUGUUUUUUAUGAAGUAACAUCCAGCGUCGCAUUUUACGUUCUUAGUUUUUUUUACUGUUUGUGGUUCGAUUAUUUUUAUUUUUAAGUAUCUGCGUGUUUUAAACUAGUUCUUAUUAUUAACUUGUGUUUGAAGGGUUCAAGUAAUUACACCAGCAAAGCUCAGAUUACAUCGGUUGGCUGCAGAUUAUAAACCAGAUGUUUCAUUUAUGGUUAAGAGGUUAACAAAAUAACAUCCAUUGUGUUUAACAGGAAAAAAAAUGAACUUCUGAACUGCAGUGUUUUAACUUUAACAGUGUUUAGAGCUGAUAAAGAGUAUUAACGACCACGAUUUAUGUUUUUUAGUCGCGUUACAGACGUAGAUGCGUCUCGACUGACUCUUGUUGCUCACUUCCUUUUUCUUGUGUGAUCUUUUAGCGAGUUAAUGUUCUGAAGGUGUUACCAAAGGCAAAAAGAACAAAAAAAAAGGUGGACAAAUAUACAGAUCUGGGCUCAAAUCCUUUUCAUAACUUAUAAAAUGAUGUUUCAGCAAACAUUUAAGUCCAAGUCUGAGAUUUUGUCCAUUUUUUUAAGCUUUUUUUUUACGUUACGCACACAAAUGAGAUAAACUAAGGGUUCUUUUCUAGAGAUGUGAAUGUAAAUAUGUUUUUGUCUCUUUAAGAAGGCCAGCUGUACAGUACAGGACACUCGGUUUGGGGUUUUUAAGGGAAGAGGGGGUAAAUGUUGCAGUUUUGAAUCAGUAGGGCAGGAAUGUUAGUGUUCCUCUGUGUCUUGGCUUUUGGCUGGUUUAUUUUAGCUCCAUCCUGCAUCUGUCGUGGGAGCUGCAACAAACAGCGACCUCCCUCAUCCUCAGUCUGAGUGGCUGUAACAGAAGAUAAUAUGCACCAGUCCCAUCUGUAUGUAUAUGUUGUACUGUCACAUGGAGGUUUUUUAUUUUUUCAAAACCGGAAACCUUUUGAGGUUUCUUUGCACUGUGCUGCAACUCUGUCGGGACUCUUCGUCUUUUUUUGUUCCUACACAAAAAGUGAUUUCACGAUGACCUAUGCAUGCUCCAUGAAUAUGGAUUAAUUCAUCUGAUCAGACAGUGUGUGUAAAUAUAUA